CAUAUACAAACACACAUUCUCCCUCUCUCUGCCUCACACACACACACAUACACACAACGGCAGCAUCCUCUCUCUCAGCGCGACUCCUCCUGGGAUCGCGACUAAACUUCCAGCAGAGGAGGGAUUCGCAACAACAAAAAAACCAAAAAGGUGUGGUGAUGUUGCUACCUGCCAUCUUCCAUCUCCUCUAUUCCAUUCAGGAUUGACAUCCUCAUGGUGUGUCCUUCAGUGUGCGCCCCUCUUCCCAUCCCCUUGGACUUUUUCAUGGGCCUCCAAGUGACCCUCGCUGUUCCACCCUUAGCCCCUCACCCCUAACCUUCCACUCUUCACCCGACUCCCUCCCAACACCUCAACCAUGGUGGCCCGCGCCCUCAUGGUGGUGAUGAUGUGUCGAGAGGUCCUGCUGUCUGUCGGAGACCCUCCGCCAUCCCGCCGGGAAAUCCGCAUGGAAGGUGACCUGGUUCUAGGCGGCCUGUUCCCUGUGCACGAGAAAGGCGCCGGCAUGGAGGAGUGCGGUCGAGUCAAUGAAGACCGAGGCAUCCAGAGACUGGAGGCCAUGCUGUUUGCCAUCGACGCCAUCAAUCGCGACCGCAAUCUGUUGCCUGGCAUCGCCCUCGGCGUGCACAUCCUGGAUACCUGCUCACGAGACACCUACGCAUUGGAGCAGGCGCUGGAGUUUGUGCGUGCGUCACUCACCAAGGUGGACGACUCAGAGUUCAUUUGUCCGGAUGGUUCUUACGCCUUGCAGGAAGACAGUCCGCUCGCCAUUGCGGGCGUCAUCGGAGGUUCUUUCAGCAGCGUCUCCAUACAGGUUGCCAAUCUUCUCAGGCUCUUCCAGAUCCCUCAAAUAAGCUACGCAUCCACCAGCGCCAAGCUAAGCGACAAGACCCGCUACGACUACUUUGCCCGCACCGUGCCGCCUGACUUUUACCAGGCUAAAGCGAUGGCUGAAAUCUUGCGCUUUUUCAACUGGACCUAUGUCUCCACUGUGGCGUCGGAAGGCGACUACGGUGAGACGGGCAUUGAAGCCUUUGAGCAGGAGGCCCGUAUGAGGAACAUCUGUAUUGCCACGUCAGAGAAAGUGGGACGUUCCAACGCCAAGAAUUCCUACGAAGCCGUAAUCCGCCAGCUUAUCCAGAAACCCAACGCUCGUGUGGCCGUCCUGUUCCUGCGCAGCGAUGAUGCCCGAGAGCUGCUGGCCGCCGCUGCCAGGCUAAACACCACCUUUAUCUGGGUGGCCAGCGACGGCUGGGGGGCGCAGGAGAGUAUCGUCAAGGGCAACGAGAUUACGGCGGAAGGAGCAAUCACGCUGGAGUUGGCCGCCAACCACGUGCCGGACUUCAACCGCUAUUUCCUUAGCCUGAACCCUAAGAAAAACACACGCAACCCUUGGUUCAGGGAAUUCUGGGAACAACGCUUCCAGUGCUCACUAGGAGGGGAGACGCCGCUGCCGAUGUGUGAUAAGGACCUAUCCAUGGACAUGAGCAACUUUGAGCCUGAGUCAAAGAUCAUGUUUGUGGUAAAUGCGGUGUACGCCAUGGCCUACGCACUGCACAAUAUGCAGCGCAGCCUCUGCUUCAACACCAGCUCGCUCUGCGACAACAUGAAGGCUUUGGAUGGCCGCAGACUCUACCGUGACUUCAUCCUGAACGUUAGCUUCACAGCUCCGUUCUCCCCCGCCGGCAUCGAGACGGCCGUCAAAUUCGACUCCCAGGGCGACGGCGUGGGCCGCUACAACAUCUUCAGCUACCAGCGCUCGAGCGAGCGCUACUCUUACGUGCCGGUCGGCGAAUGGGCGGAAACCCUGAGUCUGAACAGCGGCCUGAUUCAGUGGCCCAAGGAAGCGGCUCCCACUUCGCAGUGCAGCGACCCCUGCGAGCGAAACGAGAUGAAGAAAAUGCAGGCAGGCGAGUAUUGCUGCUGGAUCUGCACCGCCUGUGAGCCUCAUGAAUACCUUGCUGAUGAGUUCACGUGCUCGCCCUGCGCUUCGGGUCAGUGGCCCACUGACGACCUGACCUCCUGCUAUGAGCUCCCUGAAGAUUACAUCAUGUGGGAAGACGCAUGGGCCAUCGGGCCCAUUACCAUCGCCUGUGUGGGGUUUUUGUGCACCGGCCUCGUGCUGUGGGUGCUGGUCCGCCACAACGACACGCCGCUGGUAAAGGCGUCGGGCCGCGAGCUGUGCUACAUCCUCCUCCUGGGCGUCUUUAUGUCGUACGCCAUGACCUUCCUCUUCCUGGCCAAGCCGUCGCCGGCCAUCUGCGCCCUGCGCCGCCUCGGCCUGGGCACGUCCUUCGCCGUCUGCUACUCUGCGCUGCUCACUAAGACAAACCGCAUCGCGAGGAUCUUUGGUGGCGUCAAGGAUGGAGCGGGCGCCGCCAGGCCACGUUUCAUUAGCCCGUCUUCUCAGGUCUUCAUUUGCCUGAGCCUGAUUUCAGUGCAGUUGGUGAUGGUGUCUGUGUGGCUACUGCUAGAGGUUCCGGGCACACGGCGCUUCACGUUGCCCGAGCGCCGGCAGACGGUCAUUCUCAAGUGCAACGUACGAGACGCUAGCAUGCUGUUGUCCCUCAGCUACGACGUACUGCUGGUCAUCAUGUGUACUGUCUAUGCCUUCAAGACCAGGAAGUGCCCGGAGAACUUCAACGAGGCAAAAUUUAUCGGCUUCACCAUGUACACGACCUGCAUCAUCUGGCUGGCUUUUCUGCCUAUCUUCUAUGUCACGUCCAGCGACUACAGGGUGCAGACGACCACCAUGUGCAUAUCGGUUAGCUUGAGCGGCUUUGUCGUGCUGGGCUGCAUGUUUGCCCCUAAGGUUCACAUCAUCAUGUUCCAGCCCCAGAAGAACGUCACCAGUCACAGGCUCAACCUCAACCGCUUCAGUGUCAGCGGGGCGGCCGCCACCUCCUACGCCUCUCACGCUUCCGUCAGCGCCCACUACGUCCCGACGGUGUGCAACGGCAGAGAGGUCGUCGACUCUACCACUUCCUCUCUGUGACUGCACCUUCCAACUUCCUUGCUGUUAAGACUGUUAGCCCCGCCUACUCUAAGACACUAAGAGCCAAUGAGGUUUCGUGGGUUCGCCUAACGUUGCGGCCUCAUUAACCAUCCGGUCCCGGCAUUGUAGAAAGUGUGUAACUAUUCUUAAAUUAUUUUCUAAAAGGCUUGUACAUAUGUGGAAUGGACAUUGUUGUAAGUAUACCAUCAAAAAGGACAACAACAAAAAAACAUUUUUAGAAGGAACUUUUGGAGUCUUGUUUUUUGAUAGCUUUGUUAUUAUGAUGUAAAUACAGUAGAUUCAGCACAGAGGUAAAGAGGCGGACCCUUGCAAUACCCCACUGACUUUUUAUUAUUGUUAAUAUGAUGAUAAUUCUCAUGGUCUUUUUGUAGGUUCUCGUUGUAAUAAUGAUAAUAAUACUCCAAUGUAUGCAUUUCUAGUGUGUACCUUUUUGUGUAGUAUGGCCCACGGUUGAAAUAGCACAAUAUGUGUGGGACAGUGUUUAGGCAGGACUGAAUGUGAGCGCAAUGGACAACAUGUACAAAAAAAAGGAAAGAAAAAUGACAUCUUCAUGAGUUGUGUUGCUUUUGAUACAUUUUUUUAUAUUAAAGAAGUGUAAUCAUAUAAUCCCUUUAUCUAAAUGGCCAUAAUUACACACGUGUGUUCACCCAAGCAGUAAAUAUAGAGACGAAAAAUCAUUUUGACCAAAAAAAAAGUGGUAAGAUGAAGGAAAUACUGUGAUGGGGAAAACAAUUGAGUCAAGAUAUUACACAACAAGGUUUUAAAUGUGAAAAAAUAAAAUAAAAUCACUGUCAAAAUUAUGUCAACAUCAAACAUCAAAUAAUUAAAAUAUACUGUAUAUUAUUGCACUGAAUUAUCGAUGUAAUGAGAAUGUAUUCAUGAGAGAAAUAAUCUAAAAAUAAUUUUAAAUUUAAAAAAAAAAAACUGUGGACAUGAUCGUAAUAUCUAAAAUAGUCAUCAAUGAAAAAUGCUAUGUUUGUGAAAAAUUUUUAUUGUAAAAUAUUAUGAAAAAGUAUCAACCUUUUGGAAUUUCUCACAUUUCUGUAUAAAAUCACCAUUAAAUGUGACCUGAUCAUUGUCAAAAUCACACAGAUGAAAAUACAGUGUCUGCUUUAACUAAAACCACCCAAACAUUUAUAGGUAGGGAUUUUCCGAUCAUUUUUUUUUUUUUGCUCCCGAUCCGAUUGCUUUUUUUUUGCUCCUGAUUCAAUUCCAAUCAUUCCCGAUAAUUUUUCCCAAUCAUAUACAUUUUGGCAAUGCAUUAAGAAAAAAAUGAAUACAACUCGGACGAAUAUAUACAUUCAACAUACAGUGAAUAAGUACUGUAUUUGUUUAUUAUGACAAUAAAUCCUCAAGAUGGCAUUUACAUUAUAAACAUUCAUUCUGUGGAAGGGAUCCACAGAUAGAAAGACUUGUAAUUCUUAAAAGAUAAAUGUGACUUUGUAUAUUGCGACUAAAUAUUGCCAUCUAGUGUAUUUGUUGAGCUUUCAGUAAAUCAUACUGUAGCCAUUUAACUUCUGCCCAAAUGCAUGAUGGGAAGUGGAACCAUGACUGUGCGUAGUGGUACCAAUUGAUAUAUCUUCUCUGCGUUGGGAAAUAACAUAGGGUGUUAAUAAAUAGAUCGACUACUACCUUUCUUCCCCACAUUGCAUCCCACGAUAUUUCUAAUCGUUGGGAGAGGGAUUGUAAAGCGUUAGCCAAUUAAAAAAAAGUCUCCAUAGGCUGCCAAAAUUCACUCUACUCAUUUUACGCUGCCUUUUAGCUCUAUAUAUAGGUAUAACGGCGCCAUUAAAGAUUGAACGCGACAAUGCGUGAGUGGGUCGUGCAGCGAAUGCCUUAAUUGCGUUUAAUAUUUUAACGUGAUAAUUUUUUUUUAAAUUACUGCCGUUAACGCGAUAAAUUUGAUAACCCUACUUUAAGCCUAAACUAAAGACUCUGGAUGAGUGUAACACAUUGUCUGUAACGUUAAAUACAAUUAGAAAACGAUUUAAUUAAAAAAUAUAUACAGUGGGGAGAACAAGUAUUUGACAGCAUGGAAAAACUCACCAACAUCAACACCUCAUCCCCACCGUGAAGCAUGGUGGAGGGAGCGUCAUGAUUUGGGGCUGUUUUGCUACCUCAGAGCCUGGAAAACUUCAAUCAUUAAUGGAAGAAUGAAUUCGAAAGUUUAUCAGGAUGUUUAGCAAGAAAACCUGAGGCCUUCUGUCAGAGUUGAAGCUAAAAAGCGGAUGAAUGCUGCAACAAGACAAUGAUCCAAAAUACAGAUGUAAAUAGACUUCAGAAGUUCUGAAGCGGCCAAGUCCAAGUCUAGACUCGAACCCCAUUGAGAUGUUGUGACAUGACCUAAAGACAGUGAUUCAUGCCAGACAUUCCAGGAAUCUGACUGAACUACAACAGUUUUGUAGAGAAAAAUAUGGUAAGAUUAGUCCUGAUGGAUGUGCCAGACUGGGCUGCAGCUACAGGAAGCGUCUGGUUGAAGUCAUUGCUGCCAAAGGAGGGGGGGGGCACAAAAUAUUAAAUGUGAUGGUUCACUUACUUAUUUUUCCCCUUCUGUCACUGUUUGCGUACUAUUCUCAUUAAAAUAUGAAAACCUGUAAAUGUUUGGGUGGUUUUAGUUAAAGCAGACACUUUUUUCAUUUGUGUGAUUUUGACAAAGAUCAGAUCAGAUUUGAUGGUGAUUUUAUGUAGAAAUGUGAGAAAUUUGAAAAGGUUCAGAUACUUUUUCAUACCACUGUAUACUAGUAUAUUAUUUUUAAUUUAAUGAAACAAAAUUCCUUACAUUGCCACGAUAACAUGAUGAAAUUAGGAUAAGUGGUGAUAAGGGCAAACACAUGACUACAUUACAAUAAUAAAGUAAAAAAAUGAAAAAUAUUAUUGUAUUUUCCGCACUGUAAGGUGCAUCCGAGUAUCAGGUGCACCUUCAAUGAAUGGUCUAUUUUAGAAUUGUUUUCAUUAAUAGGGCACACUGCAUUAUAAGGCGCAGUAGUAGUGGUAGUAGUAGUGAUUUGGGUUGCGUUAUACAUCCACUACAUAGUGCUGCGCUAAAUGGAACACAGCUCAAAAAUCAAAGGGAACACUAACAUAACAUGUUACAGAUCUGAAUUAAUGAAAUAUUUUUUAUUAAAUAGAUUGGUUUUUCCAUAGUUGAAUGUUCUGACUAGGGAUGGGAAUCGAAAUCCGUUUCCAAUUCGGAACCGGUUCCGAGUGUUUCGAGGCCUCGACAUCACAAUGAAAAAGCCUUAACGAUCCCUUUAACGAUUCCUAAAGACGCGUAUUGCGUCGUGACGUGUGUUGUUGUCCAGACGCAUCAAACUAGCAUGGCGCCAAGAACCACUCGCUCCAAAGUUUGACUACACUUCACCAGGAAAGAGUGUGAAAAUGAAAGGUUACGACGGGUAAGCACGAGCAUUGCAGCCAUAAACAUAACAAUGACAGCACGUAGGUUCAAACGCUCGAAAGUGUGUCUUCACUUCACGAGGAAAAAUUACAACAAAGUGACUUGCAGUCAUUGCAAGGUGGAGGUAACUGCAUCGGGAGGGAAUACGACUGCGCUGUCCUCACAGAGAGGCUAAAGCUCAGUUCUGGCUUUACAGCUAGCUAAACUCCCAAAUGACGAUGUAGAAGACGUUGGUAUAAUUUGCUGACUUUAUUCAACCAUCACUUGAAGAGUGAAACUAAGAAUAGAAAUGAAACAAAUCAAUUUCGUCCCCAAUAACAAACAGGUUUGCAUCAACGUAAAUCAGCGAUGAUUAGCUGCUAAUAACAGUAUGGUUAGCAUUCGUUCGCUAGCAUUAGCACGUCGUUCAAACCACUAAACAACUGGAUUUAAGUGUCCGAUCGCGAGUGGAAACACAACAACAACAACACAAAAGAUGAUACAUACAGGCGUUGCCUCUGUAGAUAUUAACAUUAACAAAGAACGUAGGCUCGUAGAAGUGUUUCCCUCUCUCACUUCGCUCGCUCACUCGCUUGGAUGCGGCAUUUCUUCGGGUGCCCAAACUGCGGCCCGCGGCCCAAAUAUGGCCCGCCUCCACAUUUGGUCCGGCCAUUUUGAAUUUUUUUUUUUUUCCUCAAUCGUGUUAUUUAUUUCCUGGCCUUUUUCCUUGAAGAAUUCAGAGAGGGUUAUUUGGUUAUUAUCUAUUUAAUUAAUAGUGUUUUUAUGAUUAAUUAUUAUUAUUAUAUUAUUAUUUUUAUUUUAUUUACUUUCAUUCCGUGAAGAAUCCAGAAAGGGUUAUUUGAUUGUGGCUUUCUGAAAAACAAUAUUUUUUUACAUUUAUGCACUUCUGCAAUCGUCACACUUUUUCUGUUACAAACUGACCCCGGCCCCUCAUCAGAGAAGGGAAAAGUUAUGUGGCCGUCACAGGAAAAAGUUUGGGGACCCCUGCUUUAACACAUAUUGCCAAAGGCAGAACAACAACCUAUCUGCCAAUAUAUACCAAUAUUUUUUAUUUCUAUUAGAUAAAUGUUUCAGUAAAAUGUUACACAUUGUUGUGUAUUUGCCACUUAUUGCCACAGUUAACAUUGAGGCUUUGGGCCUCUUUUGAUUUCGUUGUGAGUUUGUAAGGUUGUGAGUUCUGAUUAAACAAACUCGAUGCCAAUCAAAACGUUUGUUCUUUUUCCCAAAAUUAGAAUCGAUAAAGAAUCGAAUCGUUAAGCAAUAUCGAUAAUGGAAUCGGAAUCGUAAAAAUCCUAUCAAUUCCCAUCCCUAGUUCUGACAACAAAGUCACACAAAAAAUAUCAACGAAAAUCAAACGUAUCAACCCAUGGUGGUCUGGAUUUGGACUUAUACUCGAAAUGAAAGUGUAAAAACACAGUACAGGCUGGUCGCUCCUCACACUGUCCAGGAGCUCAUUGAUACCCUGCUCCAGAUCUGUGAAAAGAUCCCCCAGGACACCCUCCGUCAUCUCAUCAGGAGCAUGCACAGGCAUGUAGCGAGGUCACACAGGCACACAGAGGCCACACACACCACUGAGCUUCAUUUUGACUUGUUUAAAGGGCAUUACAUAAAAGUUGGAUAAACCUGUAGUGUGUUUUCCCACUUUAGUUUUGAGUAUAGUUCCAAAUCCAGACCUCCAUGGGUUGACACAUUUGAUUUUUAUUGCUAUUAUUGUGUGAUUUUGUUGUGAGCACAUUGAACUAUGGAAAGAAUAGUGUUUAGUAGAAAUAUGUCAUUCAUUCAGAUCUACAAUGUUAUACUUUAGUGUUCGCUUUAUUUUUUUGAGCAGUGUAUAAGGCGCACUGUCUGCUUUUGAAAAAAAUUGAAGGCUUUUAGAUACACCUUAUAGUGCGGAAAAUACGGUAUAUGUAUACUGCAUGAGGUCAAAACAUUUUUAAAUUUGACAAAAAUUGUGAUAUGGGGAAAAGUACUGGGGUAAGAUUACAAAAGAUAAAAAUGUAUAUAAAAA